AUGUAUCCGAUCAAAGACCAAAAACUUCAAACGAUAAUGCGGGUACUCGAAGAGUACUACUUCGUCGAUGUAAACCGGAUACCGGACGAAAUCCUUACUGACUGCGGCGGUCAGUUCCUAUCGGGACACUGGCGAUCAUUCGCCAGGCGAAUGGGUUUUAAAGUACGGAGAACAUCACCCUACAACCCGCAGAGUAACCCAGUCGAACGGGUCAUGCGGGAACUGGGCCGAUCGUUGAGAGCCUACGCGUGCGAUGACCAUCGACGCUGGGACGAAAUUGUCCCUCGUGUAGAACAAGUUCUCAACGCCACGGAACAUUCUAGCACGGGAGUGCCACCUGCGUGGCUUGAGGAUAGACAAGUGGACCUCGUAAUCGGUCCUCCCCAAAUUCUGCGAUCUCAGGUGGUACCUAGAGUGGACCGUGACAGGCUAAAAGAAUCAGCGACCGAACAACUCCGCGUUAUGGCGCGCAAACGCCGUCAACAGGCUGAAAAGCACGGAACGGCGACGCCGUACAAGGAGGGAGACCUCGUAUGGAUCAAGUCUCACAGGGACCCUUCCGAAUACGAAGUACAUCCUAACGCGUACAAUAUCGAGAGAUUGUCGACUGAACUGGUUGGCCAGUUUAAUACCCGCCAGCUCAGACCGCAUCGCGAACCAGCGUGGAGAGAUCGCGAAGUAAACCGAGACCAGCCCAGCCAAGGACCAUCAACCACUACGGAAGACACCGAGUCGAGAGACAGCACGGAACAAGAAACGGCAUAUGAACAGGAACACUCAACACCACCGAGCACAUCACCGCGAAGACGACGCAAACGACCACCGCGACUCUCGUCAUUCGCACGAAUGCUGUCACCCGACACGGAUGAUUCAUGCGAAAUGUGGAUCAAACCCAGUAGAACAAGUAAACUCGAAUAUGAACUAGAAUCACCUCCAGACUCUGACGAAACUUGGAUAGUUAUGAGAUUACCCAAGGACGACUGCAAACGGAAAAAGCGAAAUGGCGGGAGCGCAACCCCGACAUUCAAAAUGAAUUACGAUAAGCAGAGGAAAAGAUACGACAGCCUCAAACGAGAGAUAGAGGAGAAACGCAAAAAGAUCGAGGAACUUGAGAAGACCAAGGAACAACGGUUACAAAAGAAAAUCGCAAAAAUAGAACGCAUCCUAAACGAAUGUAACGAAAGAAUCAAGAAACUCGAAAACACAUCGUCAUCAGAAGACGUAGAGAAACAACAAAAUCCCAAACCAGGACCAUCACGAAGCAGAGACAAGGAUAACAAACCAAGAGAAACCAGCCGAUCAAGUUUAAAAUCAACGUCGUCUCAAAGAAAAGCAGAAAAACCUCCGUCACCAGAGGGACAACCAUGGGUUUUUUCUGACCCCGAAUAUACACAAAAUGAAGACCGAAGAACAAGCAACACAUCCAGAAAGACAAGGUCGAGCUCAGAAAAAUACCAAAUAUACAAAACUGGACAAUCUCGUUUAUUCAAAAGAGAUAGCAGUGAAAAAGAAAAUAGAUCGCCAACACCAGCGACAUCAACAGAAAAACACACCAAGGAACCACGAGUAAGUUUAGAACGACUCGGAAAAACUAAAGCACAAAUACAAAAACGUCUCCAGGAAACUGAAUCUGACAGCCCACCGUCAAAGAGAAAACAUCACCAUCAUGAUAAGCAUUCACGAAAGACAACGGAAUCACAUAGAGACGACAUGCAUACACGAAGAACGACAGAAUCACACAAAGAUGACAGGCAUUCAAGAAGAACAAUAAAGCCAUACAGUGAUGAUAGACAUUCACGAAAAACGUCAGAAUCAAACAGAGACACUAAAUCAUCCAAAACAAAACAAUCAAGAGGGAAAUCAUUAUCAACCCUGCAGAAAGAGCGAGAAAAACACAGAAAAUACAUGAAAAAAUUCGCAAAUCAAAGAUAUAGACAAAAAGUCAAGGAAAAACUUGAAGCGGCCAACAUCAUCCUCGCCCGACAAUCACAAGCUAACUCGAGUGAGGCUGGGUCCACGGACGAAACGACCGCGAACACACCCUCAGGCGGGAGUGUGCAGCAGGCCCACGCUGCAAAAGGCUGGAGGCCGGAGGCCGAAAGCGCAAACCGAUCACAGGCGAACUCGAGCGGCGCAGGAAAAAGUGGACGACCGUCCAUUGUAGAAAGCAAAGCAACUAAUAUCAAGAUGCGGCUUUCUUAUAACCAACCGGGGACGGCGGCCGGGGAUGAGGAUGGUUAUAAUCUAACCAGACCAACCAGCCAUCAGGAGCAACAGACAGAACCUGACCCUGGUGACCAGCCGGACUCUGAGAGGACAACUCUGGAGCAGUCAUCGGGGAAUCCGGACCAGGAAGGACCUGACCAAGGAGAACCUGACCAGGGCCGUCCUGAUCCGGAAUCGCAGGGACGCGACCAGCAGAACUCAGAGAAGGAGGAAGCCGUCCAAGAUGGAGAUCCAAGCAAAGCCCGUAAAGUGGAUCCCUAG